AUGGACCAGACUCGAGGACACUCAGCGCAAUUGCGUUUUUUUUCUUCAGCACAGCGGCCUUAUUCUUCAAAUAUUUACUCAACUCCCCCUCCAAAUUAUCCUUAUCAGCAUCAACGAUUACAACAACAACAACAUGUUGGUAUUAGCUUGAAACGUCCUCGGCAUUAUGACGAUGAUGUUGGAGAGGGUGGUGCUUCAGAAGAUUAUGUUAAUGUUGAUCAUACACCUGUUGCGCAAACGUUAACGCCACAUUUCUAUCUACGGCAACGUUCAACAGACAAAACUAGAGGCUUGCGUCAUUUUGCACACAAAGUUUGUGAAAAAGUUAAAAACAAAGGUCAAACUAACUACAAUGAAGUAGCUGAUGAAUUAGUUACAGAAUAUUUUGAUAAUUCUGUAAUGCCACAAGACCCGGAAAAAUAUCAAUAUGAUGUUCGCAAUAUUCGCCGUCGUGUUUAUGAUGCAUUAAAUGUUUUAAUGGCAAUGAAUAUAAUUGAAAAAGAGAAAAAAGAAAUUCGUUGGGUUGGAUUACCAACAUCUUCCUUAGCCGAAUGUCGACGUCUCGAAGAAGAAUUGGCACAACGCAAAGAGCGAAUUCGACAGAAAACUGAGCAAUUACAGGAAUUAAUUGUUCAAUUGGUUGCUUAUAAAUCUUUGGUACAACGAAAUCGAGAAAGGGAACGUAUUAAUGGACGUCCACCAAAUUCAGCAAUUCUUUAUUUACCUUAUAUUAUUGUUAGUACUGAACGUAAAACAAUGUAUUGGUUUAAUUUUGAUCGACCUUUUGAAAUUCAUGACGAUAUUGAAGUGUUAAAACGUCUUGGUUUGGCGUAUGGAAUAGAGCGAGAUGAAGUUCCUGCAGAACAUGUUCCACAUAUUAAAGCUUGUUUACCGCCUGCAUUACGUGAUUAUGUUGAUCAAAUCGUUGAAGGAACAUUAACAAGUACUGAUAUGAGCCAGCCAACUGAAACUGUCUCCAAGGACACAUUUAAUGAUUCUUCGAAUUCAAUUUCCAAAUUUCAAUCACCGCCGACUGCCACAGCUGAUCCAAUAAUUGUUCGUGCCACUCGUGCAAAUCUAAGUGGAGUUGCACCAACAGGUGAUGGUGGUCCGUUGGGCAGUUUCUUGUCGCCAAUGUCAAAACAAGUCCAACCCCAAUCAGCCUCUAAUUUGGUUCAGAUUCAACAACAGCAGCCAAUUGCUAGAUGUACAGUUAUUCCUAGACCGGUUAAUACGCGUUAUUCUCCUCGUUAUUGGCAACAUCCAGUAAUUGCGUCGAGACAACCAGUAAUUUCAACACAACUUCCAAUUCGUCACCAUCAGCAGAUACGUCGUCCUCAACAGCGUCUUGGCGGUGUCUUACAUUAUGAAGUACCGAUAAACCCGCCACGUGUUCAACAAAUAUAUCAACAACCAUAUACUCGUUUUGCAUAUCCUCGGAUCGGUUAUGGUUCUCGACAAAUUGCCCAAAGACAGUAUUCUCAAAUGCAAACUGCUAAUGGGAGAAUGAUGAAUAAUUAUCAGCUUUUUGAUCGAAACGAAACUGGUUAUGGAAGAGGUUUCCAACAUCAGCAACAAUAUUAUGAUGAUGAGGUAAUAGAAAGUUCUGGACAACAAUUACAACAACAAUCAAUAAUCUCUGGUGCUGUGGAAGAAGAGGUAGUUGUAGUUACUGAUAAUUAA